UGCUACUCUUAGAGUGUUACCUUCUCCCAGUAUCUGUACUUGGCCCUCAGACACUAUGAGGAGACUGGCUUUUCGAGGUGCUGGUUGUACUCUGAAGAAGUUGGAUUCCAUGGGUUCCAAGAGGCGAAGAGCUACCUCGCCUUCCAGCAGCAUCAGCGGAGGAGACUUUGAUGAUGGCCAUCACUCCACGAAUAUACCAGGCCCAAGCAGAAAGAGGAGGAGACUUUCCAAUCUCCCAACUGUAGAUCCUAUUGCUGUAUGCCAUGAACUUUACAACACCAUCAGAGAUUACAAAGAUGAACAGGGCAGGCUCCUUUGUGAGCUUUUCAUUAGGGCACCGAAGCGAAGAAAUCAGCCAGAUUAUUAUGAAGUGGUUUCUCAGCCAAUCGAUUUAAUGAAAAUCCAACAAAAGCUAAAGAUGGAGGAGUAUGAUGAUGUGAAUGUGCUGACUGCUGAUUUUCAGCUUCUCUUUAACAACGCGAAGGCAUAUUAUAAGCCUGAUUCUCCUGAAUAUAAAGCUGCCUGCAAAUUAUGGGAGUUGUAUUUGCGCACAAAAAAUGAAUUUGUUCAAAAAGGUGAUGCUGAGGAGGAAGAUGAAGAUGAGGAAGGACAUGACAAUCAAGGCACAAAUUCUGAAUUAUCAUCUCCAGGUUACCUGAAGGAAAUUCUUGAACAGCUUCUUGAAGCUGUAGCUGUUGCCACAAACCCAUCAGGACGCCUAAUAAGUGAACUGUUUCAGAAACUUCCUUCUAAAGUGCAAUAUCCAGAUUAUUAUGCAAUAAUAAAGGAGCCCAUAGAUCUUAAAACUAUUGCCCAAAGGAUACAGAAUGGAACUUAUAAAAGCAUUCAUGCAAUGGCCAAGGAUAUAGAUCUUCUGGCAAAGAAUGCCAAAACCUACAAUGAGCCUGGAUCACAAGUGUUCAAGGAUGCAAAUGCGAUUAAAAAAAUAUUUAAUAUGAAAAAGGCUGAAAUUGAACACAGUGAAUUGGCCAAGUCAAGUCUCCGAAUCAGGACUCCAUCAAAUUUGACUGCUUCCAAGCUGACAGGUCCUUCCUCACAGGGUAAAGGCAGUGUUGGUGAUGAGAGAAAUUCUUCUAACAAAUAUUAUCGUAACAAAAGAUCAGCCCAAGGGGAUCGUUUAUCAGCAAUAACCAUGGCAUUGCAAUAUGGAUCAGAAAGUGAUGAGGAUGCAGCUUUGGCUGCUGCUGCUCGUUAUGAAGAAGGAGAAUCCGAAGCAGAGAGCAUUACUUCCUUCAUGGACACUUCUAAUCCUCUUUAUCAGCUUUAUGACACAGUUAGAAGUUGCCGAAAUAAUCAGGGCCAGCUCAUAUCUGAACCCUUUUUCCACUUGCCCUCCAAGAAAAAGUAUCCUGAUUAUUAUCAGCAAAUUAAAGCACCUAUUUCAUUGCAGCAGAUCAGAACCAAACUGAAGAACCAUGAAUAUGAAACUUUAGAUCAGUUGGAGGCUGAUCUGAACUUGAUGUUUGAAAAUGCCAAGCGCUACAACGUUCCCAAUUCUGCCAUCUAUAAAAGAGUACUGAAAAUGCAGCAGGUUAUGCAGGCAAAGAAGAAGGAGCUUGCUAGGAGAGACGACAUUGAGGAUGGGGACAGUAUGAUUUCUUCUGCUACAUCUGAUACUGGAAGCUCAAAAAGGAAAAGUAAAAAGAAUAUACGAAAACAACGAAUGAAGAUCUUAUACAAUGCAGUUCUGGAAGCUCGAGAACCGGGCACAGGCAGACGGCUCUGUGAUCUGUUUAUGGUUAAGCCAUCCAAAAAGGACUAUCCAGACUAUUACAAGAUUAUCUUGGAGCCAAUGGACUUGAAAAUGAUAGAACACAACAUCCGCAAUGAUAAGUACGCAGGGGAAGAAGCCAUGAUUGAAGACAUGAAGCUCAUGUUCCGAAAUGCAAGGCAUUAUAACGAGGAAGGCUCCCAGGUAUACAAUGAUGCUCAUAUGCUGGAAAAGAUCCUUAAAGAAAAAAGGAAAGAACUGGGACCCCUAGCUGAAGAUGAUGAUGUUGCAUCCCCUAAACUAAAGCUAAGUAGAAAAAGUGGCAUUUCUCCUAAAAAAUCAAAAUACAUGACUCCAAUGCAACAGAAAUUGAAUGAGGUGUAUGAAGCAGUUAAGAAUUACACGGAUAAACGAGGCAGGCGACUGAGCGCCAUCUUCUUGCGGCUGCCAUCUCGGUCUGAACUUCCUGACUAUUAUGUAACCAUUAAAAAGCCCGUUGACAUGGAAAAGAUCAGAAGUCAUAUGAUGGCAAAUAAAUACCAGGAUAUUGAUUCCAUGGUAGAGGACUUUGUAAUGAUGUUCAAUAACGCUUGCACAUACAACGAGCCAGAAUCUUUGAUUUAUAAAGAUGCUCUGGUCCUGCAUAAAGUUUUGCUUGAAACUCGGAGAGAAAUAGAAGGAGAUGAGGAUUCUCAUGUGCCCAAUGUCACUUUGCUAAUUCAGGAACUUAUCCAUAACCUUUUUGUAUCUGUUAUGAGCCACCAGGACGAUGAGGGCAGAUGCUACAGCGACUCCUUAGCUGAGAUUCCUGCUGUUGAUCCCAACUUCCCAAAUAAACCUCCUCUGACUUUUGAUAUUAUCCGAAAAAAUGUUGAAAAUAAUCGCUAUAGAAGAUUGGACUUGUUCCAGGAGAAUAUGUUUGAGGUACUGGAGAGGGCAAGGAGAAUGAACAGGACUGAUUCGGAGAUUUAUGAGGAUGCGGUUGAACUUCAGCAGUUCUUUAUUAAAAUUCGAGAUGAACUUUGUAAGAACGGAGAGAUUCUUCUGUCACCCGCUCUCAGCUAUACCACCAAGCAUCUUCACAACGAUGUAGAAAAGGAAAAGAAGGAAAAGCUGCCCAAAGAAAUAGAGGAGGAUAAGCUCAAAAGAGAGGAGGAGAAGAGAGAAGCUGAAAAGAGUGAAGAUUCUUCUGGAUCAGCUGGGCUGUCAAGCUUGCAUCGGACCUACAGCCAGGAUUGCAGCUUCAAGAACAGCAUGUACCAUGUAGGAGAUUAUGUGUAUGUGGAACCUGCUGAAGCCAACUUGCAGCCUCACAUUGUCUGUAUUGAGAGGCUGUGGGAAGAUUCAGCUGGCGAGAAGUGGCUCUACGGCUGUUGGUUUUAUCGACCAAAUGAAACGUUUCAUCUUGCAACACGAAAAUUCUUGGAGAAGGAAGUUUUUAAGAGUGACUAUUACAAUAAAGUUCCUGUUAGCAAAAUUUUAGGCAAAUGUGUGGUCAUGUUUGUUAAGGAAUAUUUUAAAUUGUGUCCUGAAAACUUCAGAGAUGAGGAUGUCUAUGUCUGUGAGUCACGUUAUUCUGCGAAGACAAAAUCUUUUAAAAAGAUUAAACUGUGGACUAUGCCUGUAAGCUCUGUAAGAUUUGUCCCACGAGAUGUACCCCUGCCUGUGGUCCGUGUUGCUUCUGUAUUUGCUAAUACAGACAAAGUAGAUGAAGAGAAACACGCUGAAACAUUGGAGGACAGUAAGGUGGGAGAAAGUAUGCUUCAUCUUGAAAAGGACAAAGAAGAUGUUCCGGUAGAAAUGUCCAAUGGAGAACCUGGUUGCCAUUACUUUGAACAGCUCUGCUACAAUGAUAUGUGGCUUAAGGUUGGGGACUGUGUCUUCAUAAAAUCACAUGGGUUAGUGCGACCUCGGGUAGGAAGAAUUGAAAAGAUGUGGGUGCGAGAUGGAGCUGCAUAUUUCUUUGGUCCAAUCUUUAUACAUCCUGAAGAAACUGAACAUGAACCAACUAAAAUGUUCUACAAGAAGGAAGUGUUUUUGAGUAACUUGGAGGAGACCUGUCCGAUGACUUGCAUUUUGGGAAAGUGUGCAGUUCUGUCGUUCAAAGACUUCCUCUCCUGCAGACCAACAGAAAUCUCUGAAAAUGAUGUUUUUCUUUGUGAGAGCCGCUACAAUGAAAGUGACAAACAAAUGAAGAAAUUUAAAGGGCUGAAGAGGUUUUCACUCUCUGCAAAAGUUGUAGAUGACGAAAUAUACUAUUUUAGAAAACCCAUAGUUCCUCAGAAGGAACCAUCUCCGCUACUGGAAAAGAAGAUUCAGCAGCUAGAAGCAAAAUUUGCUGAGUUGGAAGGAGGCGACGAGGACAUGGAAGAGAUGGGAGAAGAGGAAGGUGAUAUGACUGAAACACCUUCUAUGCCUCAGCUUCAGACCCCACUCGCUAGUGAAUUGGAUAUAAUGCCUUAUACUCCACCACAGUCCACUCCCAAGUCUGUUAAGGGCAGCACCAAGAAGGAGGGAUCAAAGAGGAAGAUCAACAUGAGUGGGUACAUCUUAUUUAGCAGCGAGAUGAGAGCUGUGAUUAAAGCUCAGCACCCAGACUACUCCUUUGGAGAGCUCAGCAGGCUUGUAGGAACUGAAUGGAGAAACUUGGAAGCAACAAAGAAAGCAGAAUAUGAAGGCAUGAUAAGUGGCUAUCCACCGGUGCUGCCACCUUUGCAGGGCCCAGUUGAUGGCAUUGUUAGCAUGGGCAGCAUGCAGCCACUUCACCCAGGGGUGCCCCCACCCCACCAACUUCCGCCAGGUAUGCCAGGCAUCCCAGGCAUCCCACCACCCGGUGUUAUAGGCCAAAAUGUGUCCCCCAUGGUAGGCACUCCAGCACCCGGAGCAAGUCCUUUUGGACAGCAGAUAGGAAUCCUUGGCCCGCCGGGACAGCAGGCACCCCCUCCGUAUCCCGGCCAGAGCCCAGCAAGUCAGCCGGUUAUGCAGCAGCCCACAACUCCCAUGUUCGUCUCCCCUCCACCAAAGACACAGAGGCUUCUUCAUUCUGAAGCCUAUCUGAAAUAUAUUGAGGGGCUUAGUGCUGAAUCAAAUAGUAUUAGCAAGUGGGACCAGACCCUCGCAGCACGAAGACGAGAUGUCCACUUAUCAAAAGAACAAGAGAGCCGACUCCCUUCACACUGGUUGAAAAGUAAAGGGGCUCAUACCACAAUGGCCGAUGCGUUAUGGCGUCUGCGAGACUUGAUGCUACGAGACACCCUUAAUAUCCGUCAGGCAUACAACAUAGAAAAUGUUUAGUUGCAUAAUUGCUUCUUUCUUUGAUGCCGGCAUAUGAGGAGUUUUGUGGAACAAUAGCUGUUUUAGUUACUGGGUGGGGAGAGAUAACCAACAAUAAUUUGUAUUGCAUUUUACUGUACAUUGCAAGACCAUUUUUAUAUAAGGACACUUUUAAUAAGCAUAUUUCACUUUUUGUUAUAUUAAGUUGACUUUAUCAAAUACACGGAUUUUUUGCAUAUGUUUCCUUUGUUUGAAAGGCGAUUUCAUAAUUGGUUAAGUGUAGUCAAGGAUUCAUCUUUCUUAUACUUUACUGCUGAGAAUAUGAUGCCAUUGUUUUUAUAUAAAAGAAGAAAAAAGAAAACAAAGUAUUUACAGAUCGAUACAGUGGAAUGUGAAAUUAGUCAUAGUUUACAUCUUAGAAGGAUGUGUGUACAUGUGCUUGUGUGUGCUAGCCACUUCCAGCAGAAAUCUCACUUGGAUGUGAACAGGGAGGAUCUCUUAAAAGAAGCUAAAGGUAAGAUGUGCAUUGACGCUAGGGAAAAAUGACAUUUCAAGUCCACACCGAGGCAGCUGAGUGGGCAACAGCAAUCAUGGAAGUGCUGGUGUGGACGGGACAAGGGUGUCUUGACCGCUAAUGUUGUCCAAUCCUGUCCAGUUAUUUAGUUGUGUAGCCAAGGCCAUUGUGAUCCUAAAUCGGUAACAAAAUACAUGUGCUGGCAUGCCCUUAGAAGGUGAAAUGUUCCAUCUCCCAUGACCUGCUUUGGGGGUUCUGUGAUGUCCCUAACACCGAGCAGUGGGAAGGGGAAGCUUCCUCCCUAAGCAAUUCUGUCUGCACGUGGGAGAGGCAUGCAGAACUUCGAACCAGUUCAGGUCUUGGAAGGUAAGUUAGAGGAGAAGAAAAGUUGAGUUGUUUUGUUAGUGAAGUAACGUGAUGUUUUUAAAUUCACACAUAUUCUGUUAAUGAUUGGGCAUUGUAAGACAUUUUUGUAUGCUUUCUUUAAGUGUAUUGAUUCAGCUUAAUGAAAGUUUUGCAAUGCAAAAUUUGAGAGAAAUUUGACACUUAAAUUAACUUUAAAGUAAAAUACUACUGUAUGGUAUGUGUAAGUUCAGCAUACCGAGUACGUUGGAGAAAUAGAGUAUGUGCAUUGCAGCCUUCAGAGGGUUUGGGGUUUGUGGGAGGUUUUUUUUGUUUUGUUUUGGGGGUUGGGUUUUUUGGGUUUUUUUUUUUGUUUGGUUUGGUUUUGUGCUAAGUAAGGUAGGUAUUGACUCUUCUUGCCAAAUUUCAAGGUUGUGGCUGCCUUCUGCUAAAGACUUACCUGUCCUCGUAACUAACCAG